AUGGCCUCCGACCGCGCAGCUUUUAUCCUCGGCGUUGGGAUGACGAAGUUCGUCAAGCCUCAGCAUAGCAAUGACUAUGUUGACAUGGGCUUUGAAGCCGGAGUGAAGGCUUUGUUAGAUGCACACAUCAUGUACGACGACGUGCAGCAGGGCGUGGCGUCUUACUGUUAUGGGGAUAGCACAUGCGGACAGCGAGUCUUUUACCAGUUUGGAAUGACCCAGAUACCUAUCUACAACGUCAACAACAACUGUGCCUCAGGGUCGACGGCUAUGGUCAUGGCGCGAGACUUCGUCCGUUACGGCGCUGCAGACUGUGUGCUUGCUGUGGGCUUCGAGAAGAUGGCUACUGGAAGCCUGGGUUCUAACUUUAGCGAUCGAACCGAUCCCCUUGACCGGGCCAAAUCGAUGUCGGAUAAGCUGGGAAAUUCAAACCCGAAUGCCCCGUUUGCUGCGAAGAUGUUUGGAAACGCCGCCGACGAGUAUAUCAAAAAAUAUGGCGCCUCUCCCAAAGAUUUCGCUGAGAUUGCAAGAGUCAAUCACGAACAUUCCCAACGCAAUCCGUACGCGCAAUUUAAGGUCGAGUAUUCAGAAGAGCAAAUUCUCAGAUCUCCGGCAAUCUACGGGGUGUUGACAAAGUUACAAUGUUGUCCAACUAGUGAUGGCGCUGCCGCUGCCGUGGUUGUGUCUCAAUCUUUUCUCGAUGCCCGUCCCCACCUCAAAGCCCAAGCAGUCCAAAUCCUAGGCCAAUCUCUGACCACGGACAGCCCAUCGCUAUACCAAAACUCAGCCGUGAGUCUGGUGGGCUAUGAAUUAGUCGCGCACACGGCUUCACAGGCGCUAAAUCAGGCAAAGGCCGAUAUCAGAGACGUGAAAGUAGUCGAGCUACAUGACUGCUUUUCGACGAACGAAAUGUUGGUCAUUGACGCCUUGGGCCUAAGCCCUCGGGGGAAGGCGCAUGAGUACGUUCGCAAUGGCUCCAUCACAUAUGGCAGUGAUCAAGCAGUCGUGAAUCCUUCCGGCGGACUAAUUUCCAAGGGGCAUCCAUUGGGCGCAACGGGCUUGGCACAGUGUGCUGAGCUUACAUGGCAACUGCGAGGGUGGGCAAAUAACAGAUUGGUAUCAGUUCCUGCCGGAAAGUUGGCAUUGCAACAGAACGCUGGACUUGGGGGUGCCUGUGUAGUUACCGUGUUGAGACGUGCAGAUGGACAAGGGAACCAAAGACUUUCGGACGCAGAGGUGGCACAGCUGACGGGGCUGGGCUACAACCCUGCUGUCGAGGCUAGAGGCUUUACCUUGGAGCAAGCAGCGAGUGUUCGUUCGCGUCGGCAAAGUGAAUGGGCUAUAGGCAAGGGAAAAGGGAGUGGUCAAGCCAUGUUUUGA